GACAGUAAAGUAAAGAAUGCAAAUAACAUAAGACGGUUGAAUUCAUUAGAUGCUGCGACAAACGAGACUCUUACCAAAGAGAAUUGGGAUUUGAUAACGGUUGUUUGUGAGAAGGUCGAAAAAAGUGGAGACCAAGGUGCCCGUGACUGUAUAUCCGCCAUUCAAAAACGGCUUGCUCAUAGAAACGCGAAUGUUCAACUUUACGCAUUAACGUUGUCUAAUUCUCUGGUUCGCAUGUGUGGCAAUAACAUUCGUAAAGAAAUUUCUUCCCGCACAUUUACAACUCUCUUGACUCGUAUAUUGACCGACAAGGGUACCCAUGAAACUGUUAGAAGCAGAAUACUCGAUCUAAUACAAGAAUGGACUAUUGAAUUUCGAUCUGAUCCAAAUUUGGGUUUGAUGGAGGAGACUUUUAACAGUUUACGAUCCCAAAAAUUCCAAUUCCCCUCACCAGAGAAGCCAAAGAAGGAACAAAGCGAAAUUGAGAUUGAAAAAAGACGCAGACAAGAAGAGGAACAGAUUCAAUUAGCCAUGAAGCUUUCAUUGGAGAGCACUGAAAGAAAGUCCGUUCAAAAAACAAAUGUUUCUUCAACCAAAUCCACCUCACAAUCACAGCCAGUCGUGCAAUCACAGGAAAGAGACUUUUCUCAAUUUCCCAAUGUUUCGCGCGUGAGAGCACUAUAUGAUUUUACACCCAGUGAAUCUGGUGAACUUGGUUUCUCCCGGGGUGAUGUGAUCACGGUAUUAGAUAGCGUGUACAAAGAUUGGUGGCGAGGUGAAUUACACGGAAAAACAGGCAUAUUUCCAGUAAAUUAUGUGGAAAAAUUACCGGACCCAACUCCUGAAGAUAUUGCCAAAGAAGCGGAUAUGGAGGCUAGUGUUUUUGCUGAGGGUCGAAACAUAGAUCAACUUUUAGAAAUGUUGGCUGGCUUAGAUUCUCAGAGAGACAGUGUCACUGAAAACGAAGCUAUUCAGAACUUAUAUAACUCUACGCUACCGGUUCGACCAAAAUUAAUGAAACUUAUUGAGAAAUACAGCCAGAAAAAAGACGAUCUUAUCGCUCUUCACAAAAAAUUUAUUCAAGCAACAACUACAUACGACAGACUUAUGUCGGAAUCCCUUCGAAAGUAUGAUCCGACUUACCUUAACGGUCCAUCUCAGUAUAAUAAUGCAUCAAUUAAUUCUCAACCGAUUGUUUCGGAUCGCGGUGUACCGAACUACGCGGCUUACGGAGCGCAACCCUAUGCGCAGCAAAAUUCUGCUUUUGUAACGGGAUAUACUGACCCUAACUCGGCAUAUUAUCAACAGCAACAACAUUCAAAUCAGUAUAAUGCGCCUCAGAUAGAUGCCACGAGUCAACAGAAUGUUUAUCCUAGUCAACAACCGCUUCAAGCGCAAUAUCAACAGGAUAACGUUUCACAGCCACCAUCGCAAGCACAAUAUCAACCUUCAGUUCAGCAUCCUCAGUACGCACCUCAAAUUUUACCUGGUGGUUUAGGUCAACAAAAUGCCUAUCAAGCUCAACAAAGACAUCAGUAUAUGCCUCAAACUGCACAAGAAGCGCCUCUUCCACUCCAACCGAAUCCGCAACAACAACCGCCUCAGCAAAAUUCUCAGUACAUAAAUCCAUCUGUACAAGAUCCAUCUGCUCAACAGUCUAUAUAUUUAAACCAACAACAAAAGCAACAAUUUAAUCCACCUGUCCAGCAAGAUCCAGUAACGCAACCGGGUGCGUUCUCAGAACAACAGUCGCAACAAAAUCAAUUUUCUCCCAAGGCACCCCAUGAUUCUGUCGGUCAACAGCCUAGCGCGUAUUUAACACAACAAGAUCCUUCCUCUCAAUUUCCUCAACAAGACCUUGCAAAUCAACAUAAUGGUCAAGACCGAACGACCCAACAACAAUCCAAUUAUGUAGCCUCACAACAGCCUACCUAUUCAAACUCUAAUCCAUUUUAUGAUACAUCAGCAUAUCGACAAACAUCGUCGUCGCCAUCGAACUCUGAAGUUCCAUAUCAAAAUCAACAGCCACAAUCACUGCAACAAUUUGCACAAGCCUAUGCUACUCAACCUUCUUCACAAAUGACAUCGCAAGCACUUCAACAACCACCUCCACAAUCAACAAGUCAACCCCCUUCACAGCAGCAAUAUGACUACCCAUAUUAUCCACAACAAAAUCAACCUCAAGGUGCACAACCCAACUAUACUGCUGCUUCAGUUCCUCAACAAUAUUCAUAG